AUGCACGAUGCCCAUACAUGGCAGAUUACCGAUGAAAGAUCCCUAGGUAAGUAUUCGCCAACCCUUUUUGCUGGCAGCUUGGUAAGAACUAACUCUGUUCCUAAUUUUGCGCUCAUAGAUUUCAAACGUGCUCUUUCUCUCGUCUCCGAAAUCCCCGAGUCUCUCCUGAGGGCCGAGCUUCAACGACGAGAUGGUGCAGGAGCUUCAGCACAAGAAGACACACCCUCCUGUGGCUCCCAGGAGCGGGGGUCUUACAAUACAUCUUUGCAUGUCAUGGCACUCUUCCUCAUAUUGGGACUUAGUACAUUGGCAUGCUCGUUCCCGGUUCUUGCCCGUCGAUUUCCCCGCCUUCCGAUCCCACGGCAUUUCCUAUUCAUCUCCAGGCAUUUUGGCACAGGUGUUUUGAUCGCGACAGCAUUUGUACACUUGCUUCCCACCGCAUUUGUGUCCUUAACAGACCCCUGUCUCCCCCGGUUCUGGAGUCACACGUAUCGCGCCAUGGCUGGAUUCGUGGCCAUGAUAUCAGUAUUCGCUGUUGUUUUGGUGGAAAUGUUCUUCGCCAUGAAAGGUGCAAAGCAUGUGCACAGCAAUGACUACGACACCUUGCUUGGUAAUCUCGGUCACGAAUUCAUGAGCGAAUUUGAGGACGAUGCCGCGGAUUACUCUCAAUUAGAAGCACAAGGGACCCCUACCAACAUUCUUUUAAGCGGUCUUCCUCAAACUGAUCAGACCGAGAUUGACGAGCAAGCUUCUAGCUCUGUCUAUAGGUCAAGGCCCCGACGCUCGGCUGAGUCUCAACCCGACAAGGAAGAAGACGACGAUGAUGCGGAAAUCGAUGGCCUCGAUGUAUCUUCGAGUGAAGUACCACGACCAGAUUCUCAACAUCUCCAUCCACGGCCACAUAUUCAAGGCCACUUUCGACAACCGUCCGCGACGGAGAUCCCGCUACAGAACCCUCAGCGCCAGCUUCUACAGUGUCUACUUUUGGAGGCUGGUAUUCUUUUUCACAGUAUCUUCAUUGGCAUGGCUCUCAGUGUCGCGACCGGGACCUCCUUCGUUGUCCUUCUUAUUGCUAUCAGUUUCCAUCAAACCUUUGAAGGUUUUGCCCUUGGGUCACGCAUUGCCUCGCUAAUUCCUGAUCUCUUCUCUCCUUCCUCUGCAAAGCCUUGGCUAAUGUCAUUGGCAUACGGAGCAACAACUCCAAUCGGCCAGGCAAUUGGCCUAGUCUUACACAACCUCUAUGACCCAGCAAGUACCACGGGCUUGCUCAUGGUUGGCAUUACCAACGCAAUCAGCAGUGGUCUUCUGCUUUUCGCCGGUCUUGUAGAGCUUCUAGCAGAAGACUUCUUGAGCGAACCAAGCUACGAAACUCUUAAAGGAAAACGACGGGUAGAGGCGUGUAUAUCAGUUGCCUGUGGGGCUCUGCUGAUGGCAUUUGUUGGGGCGUUUGCCUAA